UCACGAUGCAGACUGCUCCGGGCUCAUUUUGGCGGGAAAAUCCAGAAGAGUAGGAAAGAGACGUUUAUUGGAGAUCCUUGUCGUGUCGCGGUGGAAUGGAGUGUGAGGAUUUUGCUCUUAUAUUGGAUUAUACGGUGUAAAUUGUUAGACGUACCCGGUUCUACACGAAGGAAAGCCUUUUCCGGGUAACAGAGCCAGUGGGUCUACUUCACAUAUGCAAAUCAGCCAUUUCCCGCCUCGCUCACCCUGGCUGAAGGCCUGGUAACAACAAAGAUGGAAAUUGCCGUUCAUCUUCUUCUCUACAUUACGACAUUGUUGUCUACAACCUGGUUUUUAUUAAUAGCUGCAGCAACAGACAUUGGAACGCCCAACGUGCCUACAACGUAUUCGCCUGAUGUUGUCACAAGAAGAGACAUUCAUUAUGACGUCACCACAGUGGCUCCAAAUGACUAUAUUCGGAGUGAAACUUUGUCAUUACAUGAACAAACGACAGGCUCAUCAAGUGACUCGGCCCCGGUGAGCUCCAACGCGCCUUUAAUUCACACUGUGCUAUUGACACAUACACAAGAAACAGAUUAUGCAGAGGAUAGGAGAACUGUACCUUAUGAAGAGGGCGCCCCAUCUGUUAAAACCACGUUAAAUUUAGAAAGAACUUUCGAGACUUCUUCAGCGUUCCCUCUGACAGAGUUGAGGCACAGACAAAGCGAUGUGUUUCAUACGACGUCAGCCACAGAAGAGGUAACGGUGAUCGAAUAUACGGAUACGCAUUACGAUUCCACUGAAUCGGACGGAUAUCCGGCGUCUUCUAAAAAAGCUCCACGCAAGGAGGGACGUAAAACUACAGCUUCCUCAGAGGAUUCUAAAUCAACAGACUUUGAAAAUGGAAGCAGUGAUGAAGAUGACGAAAUCCCCGAAGCACCGGUUCAUCGUAAACGAAACGAAGGGCUUGUGACUGAGGCUAACAUCAACCACGCUGCUCUAUGGAUAACGGUAGCCUUCGUAGCAGUCCUCCUGGUUUAUAUCACCGUACUGAUUAUCUACAACGCUAAAAAAAGAGAUUGGCACCAGUCAUUGCCGCCUUAUACAAGAUUCAUUGAAGAAACUUCAUUAGAGGACAAGAAAGAACAGAGCGCUCUAGACAAAAUGAUCCAAAGGAUAACCGGGAAAAGAAAUACUGAUGACGGAUACUCGUUAUCCUUUUAGCGAUACCAUAGGACUGAACAUAGCGCCUAUUCCAUCAACUUAUUGGAGGAUCAAGAACCCACACUUCACUUAACAAUAGUGCGAACAAAUUGUAAUACCUCAGGAUCCAAAUGUAUUUGAAGGUUUUAUUUAAUGGUUUGGGGGUUUGUGAAGUCACAUGCGAGCAACUCCCGAAUUUCAUUAAGUGUAAUUUUCUCAAAAAAUAGGUAUGUUCUUUUAACUGUCUAUUCAGUAAAUUUAUCAUUAUAUGAUUUGUUUGGUUUCUCUUAGAAUUAAACAUAAUAAAUCAUUAAAGAAUAUCAAUGGUGGAACUCGCAUUACAAAGACUUAUGAGGCGGAUGCUCGCAUAAUCAUGACGUCGCACAAUAUAUUAUUUGGAUUAUCGCGAAACCUUCGCCAUAAUUUUCUAUUUUUCUGCUUUAAUAGAACCUACUUAUCAUCAUCAGAGCAAAUUCUUUACACUUGAACUAUGGGCAAAAUCAGCCCAACUUAUUUCAAUCAUGCUUGGAGCUAGUGUAAUAACUAGGCUAUACAUCUCAGAUGACGUCAUAAUGGAUGGCGUAACAAUGGGAAACCUCCAUGUGCAUCAGACCCUAAAAAGUGAUUUAUCAGUGUUUGAUGCAAAGGUUUUGUCGUCCAAAAUGUCUGCUUCUGGGAACGAGGUUGCUCUAUUAUAGCUAAUUACCUCGUUCCCACUGCUGUGUGAUCCGUCACGAAAUCCACGAUUGACUUUUCGUAGCUGCUAAUCGCGAAGAUAAUGAACAAUUCAAAUGUUUUUCUAAUACCUAGUCCCCACUGCCACGAUUUGCGCCACGACUCAAACGGCGUACUUAAUCGUAGGGUAAUCGUAGUGAUCUUAUCAGAUCGUAUCAGAUCAGAAGAGGCAAUCGUACUGAUCGUAGAAAGAUUGUGUAUGAGUCUAAAAAUAAAAUCGUAAAUGAUCGCUCGACAAUGGAAACGAGGUAUUAGAUCAGUACGAUCGCCACGACUGGUGCAAUACGAUAUGAUACGAUCUAAUAAGAUUGAUACGAUUACUCCACGGUUUCUAUCGUGACGCGAGUCCUGGCAGUGAGAUCUAGGUAUUAUUUGACAUCGGUGGUAUAUACAGGCCUAGUUAAGACAAGUUGUCUAUUCUAUCUCGUAUAAGAUUAAAUCAUACGCAAAUUUUGAAGAUGAUUGAGGAAAUUUCUCUUCUCAGCGGGUGAUUUUUCCCCUCUUUUCGAUCAUGCGAUAUAUUGCUGGACUUUGAAAUCAUUAGGAAUAUACGGGGCUGUUUAAAAAAAAAUAUUAGGGCUAUUUUGGGUGUUUUUUUUAGGACGGGUUAAUUUUGUCUAUAGUCUAGAAUUAGAAUGGAUUACGUACACAUCAAAAACUGUGGUGUUCACCGGUGUACAUAGAUGACCACACCAGUUAUUUUUCACCGGUGUUAAAUUGAUGGUG